AUGUCUAACACAUGUUAUGGAAAAAUUACAAGAAGAGAAAAUAGAAGUCAGUUUCAAAGAUCUGUGUUACAGGUACUGCCUCAGUUUGUAAGACAUGAAUCUGAAGUAGCGAGCAGCUUGAUUCUCACAGGAUCUCUGAAUCGUGUGCAGUUACUUGGACGAGUGGGUCAGGACCCUGUCAUGGGACAGGCGGAAGGAAAAGACCCAGUGAUAAUAUUUUCUCCAGUGACCAAUGAGAUGUGGCAAUCAAGGGAAAGUGAAGCUCACCUAAUGGGUGAUGUCAGUCAAAAGACAACAUGGCACAGAAUUUCAGUAUUCCAGCCAGGCCUCAGAGAUGUGGCAUAUGUGAGAAAGGGGUCUCAGAUUGAUGUGGAGGGGAAAGUAGACUAUGGAGAACACAAAGAUAAAAAUAACGUGAGGCGACAAGCGACAACACUCGGAGGUGAUAACAUAUUUCUGAGUGACCAGACACAAAAGAGAUGGCAUAAAGUGGACGAUUCUUCUUUGCCCAUUGUUUGGUACAGUCUCAUAUACAAAUCAUGUAUAGUCUUUAUAGUUUCUAAGGACAAGAACUACAAUAUUCUUCUAUAUAUAUAUAAAAGUUGUGUUUACAUUAUCCUUUAGUCUAUUGUGCAAAAACAUCUGUAAAAAAACAAUACACAUUCCUUAAUUAAAAAAUAAUUUAUUGG